CCGGUUCAAUCCACGGGUGAGUAAAACCGUGGUUCAAAUACACUUAUCCUAGCUACGAAACACGUUCUUACCUUUUUGAAUAGUUAAUAUAUGACUGAUAAUAUGACUGACUUAGUUGUAGAGUCUUGACUUCCUAAAGUUAUUUUCAAUUGCCUUUUUAAGCUUUUCUUAAAAUUCUAACUUAAUUCAGGGCAAAGACACAGCAUAAUAUUACAGGUACCUACUAGCAAUUUGCUUCGAGAUAUAUUAUUAAAGCGAUUAAUAAGAUAAUAUCAAAAAACCCUUUUUAUAUUUGAAUUCGUCUACGCAUUCGCCUAACUAAAGGAAGCUGUAUCAUUUUAUAUAGAGUGUGUAUUACCGCAAUGGGAUGGCAGUGUGCACGUGAUGAUGUAGUGUGUGAGUAGUAAGGAGCGGCGGUGUGCGCAGGCGGCUGGUCGGUGACGGUGGCGGGGUCGUGCCGCGCCGCGCUGCCCGCCGACGUCGAGAUGCGCCUGCGCUUCCCGAACGACGCGCGCGCGCCCGCCCCGGCCCCCUGCCAGGAGUGCACGUGCCGGCACUGCGCGACGUGCGCGUGCGGCGCGCGCCCCCCCGCGGCCCCCGCCGCCGCCGCGCUGCCCCCCGCGCCGCCCCACCCGCCGCCCCACCCGCUGGCGCGCGCCGACUCCAAGCUCACGCUCACCAUGAAGAAGGAGGCGCUGGACUCUUCUAUCCUUGCGUCGAAGAGUAGGAAGAAGUCCGGCUCGCCGCUGCCCGACGUGGAGACGUACCGCGCGUCGCGCAGCAAGCUCCGCAGCUCCGUCAAGGCGGUUGUUUCAGACGCGUCGGGGGUACUCCCUGCACUGCUGGCUGCCAGACGACGAAGCCGCGCCGCUCAGGUAUCCUCAUGCGUCUGAUGCGUCUCCAAGCGACCCGCUCUCACCGAACUCCCAGGGGGGACAUAACUGAAUACUGGUAUGUAUCCAGUGUAGUAUGAAGAGCUACGUUGUGUGCAGGCCGAGUAACGGGCUGUCGGUGCUGGGCAGCGCCAUCAUCCCGGAGCUGAAGCCGCGCGUGCCCACCAUGAGCGAGCGCGACCUGACGCGCGUGUACACGCCGCGCCACUACCUGCGCUCCUAGCCCCGCGUGUGUCGUCUGUUCGCCCGUGCCCGCUCCAUCGUUCAAAACUAAAUGCCAUUCAUAUUAUAUCUUGUAUAUUGAUAAUAAAUUUACCAAUUUUAUAAAAUAAAAUACUUUAUUUUAAAACCGUCCUUCAAAGCAAAAGAAGGCCAAUAAAGACGGUUAGUAGAUUAGGUCACUCAAACGUAUACAUUGGGAAAUACAAAAAAUGGAACAGUAGAGCACAGUAGAAAAAUAUAGAAAUAGUACAGUAAGGAAAUUUUUUUAAGUUAAUACUAGGCAGUAUUUAUUUUAAAAUUAAAACACAAUAUUUACAUGACCUAAAAAAAUUGGUUGCCUGUAAAGUCGGUAUACGGGCGAAAGUUUUACGUGACAACGACUUUGAGUGGUAAAAUAAUUUUAAUGUGAAUAUAUUCAUUCGUAUAGUAGGAAGAAGGAUGAAAUAAUAGUAACAAUUUAAAACAUUUAUUUACCGGUGUGUAUGCCUAUCUCUCUCGCUCUUAGGCGGGCUAACCAUGCCCGAGUGGAAGGGACGCGUGCCUCUCACUCGCUCUCAUUGUGAGCGCAUAGCGUGAGCGGAGCGUAACGCAGUUUCUUGAAGUGUCACCCGGCAAAACAAUUUAUAAGACGUUGUCACGUCAAAAAUAAACUUAUUUAUAUAAAAAUAUUUUUGAAAUUCGGCUCAGGAGGUUUUUUCAUGUAAACUCCUUACAUAAAAAACUUCAAAAAUAUUUUUUUUACAUCUAUCUACGUAAACCCUUUCUUUGUGAAACCUAAGUUUAAGCAACAGAAAGCGCAACGGGGGCAGAAGAAAGAAGGGAAAAUAAGAUACAUAGAAGACAACGCCCUCUUCCGGCCCCCAUGAGCGGGGCAACGGACUCAGCGUUGGGUUAGCACCGUUGUCCCCGAGGCGACGCAAGCAGAGACGAGAGCGGCCGUGUCGCGACUCCGGGCUAAGAACACAGCGCCCGGACUCCCGGACCCGACGGAGUUCCUGGUCGAGCUCUCGUCCUGGCUGAAGUUUGAUGUUAUUAUUUUUUAUUGUUUUGUGGUCGAUUUUAAACUUCAUUACAUUUUUAAACUGAGUUUUUGCAUAAAUAGAAUAUUUGAUGUGAUUGUGAACGACACUCUGUAGAAGCGAAUACCUAGACCCAGAAAUGAACCAUGCACCUUAUGAAGCCGGUGAAAGGUACACACAGUUUAUGCUUAUUCCUAGUACCUAUUUAGGAUUAUGAAGAGUACUUACCUGAAUAGUACCGCGUGCCUCCGCCGUCCCUCCAGCGUGUCCUGUACGUGUCUAGUCAGAGUCUACUUUUCAUAUUUAAUAAUUAUAAUAAUAAUGUCGGGACACCUUUUCACACACAGUCGGUUAGCCCCAUGGUAAGUUAUUUAUUAACUUGUGUUAUGGGUGCUAACACAACUGAUAAACUACAUAUAGAUACAUCAUAUAUACAUAAUUAUAAAUACAUAUCAUAAUACCCAGACCACGGCCAACAAGCAUGCUCAUCACACAAAUGUCGACCGAACCAGGAAUCGAACCCGGGACCUAAGGUUCGGCGGUCCGGCAUG